UGAAGAAUUGUAACACAUCUUCAAGGGAGACAUAGCCUGUAAGUUUCUCAUUGCUGCUAAAACACUUGCUACUAGGUUUACACAAAGGGUCUCAGAAGUUUGCACAGAGAAGAGAAAAAAAACAGAAAGAAAAAGAGAAGGCUCGUGUGUCCAGUUGGUGGUAGUAUUACAGUGAAAAAAUGCUCUGGCUGGUCACACUGGUGUGGAAAAAACUUUUUUUAAAAAGGAAAAGUGAAGCCAAGGUAGGAAGAAAGAGAGAGCAUUCAGCUGGUAAAGGGACUAGAACCGUAUUUCUGCUUUGCGGAAGAAGUCAUUUCUUCUGAAUGCUUUGACAGACUCAACUCAGAAAUGAACAGCCUUCCCUACAGAGCAAGCACUUAAAUUCAUUUAUUCAUAUUUAUUUUAUACAGAUAUAGAUGAACAGCAAUGGAGUUAAUAGAAGAGAAUUACCUGCUGCAGAAACACAAUCACAUUUCUCUGAAUUUCACAGUUAAUAUUUCGGAUAUGGACCUGCCAACUAGCAAUUCUACUGACAAUGUUGUUGUGACUUCCAUUAUUGGGACAGUUUUAUCCUUAAUGUGUGUUGUUGGAGUGGCAGGUAACCUUUAUACCUUGAUUGUCAUGUGCCAGUCCAUGAGGUCAUUCACCUCAAUGUAUGUCCACAUAAUGAACCUAGCCCUGGCUGACCUGUUGUACCUGUCUACCAUCCCUUUCAUUGUCUAUAACAGUUUUGUAAAAGACUGGUACUUUGGACUCAUCGGAUGCAGAAUCCUGCUGACCCUCGACCUUCUCACCAUGCAUGCCAGCAUCUUCAUUCUGACUGUUAUGAGCACAGAGCGCUACAUAGCAGUAGUGAAGCCUUUCAACACUGUCAAAAGGACUAAGAAUUACAGAAAGUUGAUUGCCUUGGCUGUCUGGAUACUCUCCUUCCUUCUGACACUUCCCAUGAUGGUAAUGAUUCACCUAGAGGAGAGGCGGGUAGAUAAUGGCACUAUAAGGCGAUUGUGUACACCAACGUGGAGUGAUGAGCAAUAUAAAGCCUAUCUAACUGUCCUUUUUACUACAAGCAUAUUGGGCCCAGGAGUUAUCAUUGGGUACUUGUACAUCAGCUUGGCUCGGACUUACUGGAUUUCCCAGACCAAGAAUCUUUUGAAUAAAGAGGCACCGAGAGCACCAAAGCACAAAGUAAUUUAUAUGAUCUUUGUCAUUGUUCUGACCUUUUGGGCCUGCUUUCUACCCUUCUGGGUCUGGCAGAUGGUUCCCCUGUACAGCCCAGAGUCACUCCGUAUCUCCAUCCAGACGGAAAUCUAUGUCAACCACAUGGUAACAUGCCUCACCUACAGUAACAGCUGCAUUAACCCCUUUCUCUACACUCUCCUUACCAAAAACUACCGAGAAUAUCUCCGUAACAGGCAGAGAGGGAAUAUGGCUUCUGUCUCCUUUAAAAGAAUGAUUGACAUACCAGUCAACUUGGCUAGACGGUCAUUGUCUCUGGGAAGUCAGCACUGCACUGAAACCAUGGUUAUUAAUCAAGUUAAAUGACUUGAUUACCGUCUGAUGGGGUUAACAAAAUGGGGAAACUAUGAGUUAUGGCAGAGGUAAUGAACUUGUUAUAUUUAUGAAUGAGACCAAACCCAAGCUUUUUGUGUGACAAUCAUUUAAAUAAAUGAAGUGCAAUAUGCC